AUGAAUGAAACUAAUGAUGACAGCUGGGUUUAUAACGAGUGUAGUGAUCAAUGUACAGAUGUUUUGAUUAGGAAAAUUGAAAUAUCAAAAAAUUUCACCCUUAAUAACCUCUCAUUCACAUUACAACUUUUGUCUACAUAUGAUGUUUAUUUGGAAGCAAGAAAGCUAGUCUCUAUGGUUUCAAGGUGCUCAAUUGUUCAUAAUGAACGAUUUAUCAAUGAAUUGCUUAAAUCUAAAUUGUUUUACCCAAUCGCAAUUAAAUUAUCGGAUAGUGAUACAAGUAGUUGUAUGAAAGGGGAGUGUAUCAUUGGAUACUUCGAAAUAUACUUGAUGCCUCACCUUGGAAGGGCAUUUGACGGAAGAAUUGAAAGGAUGAUAGUACACCCUCAAUAUCGAAAUAUAGGAGUAUGCCAAAAAAUGAUGGCGUCAGCAAUAGAAUUAUGUAAGAAUAAUUUAAUGUGUAACCGUAUUGAUUUAUAUGCUGAAAAUGAAAUAGCCAAAUAUAUUUAUACAAAAUUCGGAUUCUCUCAAGUACACACCAACGUGUAUCGCCUGUCGCUGAUAUAG